CUGCGUCACUUCCGGGCGGGGCAGGGCCGCCAUUGUUCAGUCCCGAGGCUGCUUGGGUGGGCGCGCGCCUGCUGACACAAGGAAGAACUUUCCAAGUCGUCCAGUUGGCAAAGUGAGCCAAGUUGACGUCUCACCGCCAUGACUUCCACCAACAUGUUCCAGGGGCUGGCCACCGGCUCCAAGCCCAGCUCCAGGGUGCUGCAGCCUCCAGGCGGUGGCUCCAGUGACCUGUUUGGAGGUUAUGAAGAGGAAGCCCCACAAUCUAGAAGACUAAACAAGAUGGCCUCCAAUGUGUUCGCUUCACCAGAGGAGCCCCAGACCGUACCCAGACGCUCCAACCCUCCCGGUGGGAAGAGCAGUGGGAUAUUUGGGGACCCUGAACCUCCAGUCCACCAGCAGAGACCAGGUGCACCAACCAGCAGCAUCUUUGCCUCACCAGACCAUGCAGCGCCCCAAAGCCCGAGCAAAGCUCACCCCAACAAACCAAAGGACAAUCUAACCGUCAGACCUGAAGCGGAAUCACCAGCACCCGAGGUGGAGAUCAUCCAGGCCGAGGUCAAAGAGCAAUGUGUGUUGGCGGCCAAGGAAGACCCUCCCGCUGCUGUUGUCGUCGCUGAUGUUGCCCCUCCCCCAGAGCCCGCCUCCUCCUCCCCAGGACCUGAUGAUAACUCCCUGAAGAACCACGAGCCUCACCUGGGACCCAAGCCCCGCUCGCACAACAGGGUGCUCAACCCUCCCGGAGGAAAGUCCAGUGUGGUCUUCUACUGAUCCACACAAAACCACCACCCCCCCUCCCCCUGUGUAUCUUCUCUCAUUCCAGCCCCUCCCCCACUCUUCUCACGGUUGUCUCCAAUGUAGCUGAAAAGAUCAGGAGGUCUUGUUCUUGAAGGCAAAUCCAACUGAAACUGCAGAAUACAAUCACGGGUCAGCAAUGGCCCCCAAAAGGACUGGAGCCCUCAAACUCCACCAGACCAUCACUAAGAGCUCCUCGUCUAUCAAAAGCUGUUUCAGGGAAGAAACUACCAAAAGUUGACAUUGCCUUCAAGACUCCAAUGUUCCGGCUUUCCCUAAAAAUUGGGUGUUUUUUUCUGCCUGGCCCUCAUUGCGUGCCCUCUUCCUUCUUUUCUUCCGCCCGUCUGUUUAUGUUUUAAAUUAAAACAGUUGGAGACAGGGAACCCUGGACAAGCUUGUGGCCCACCAGGUGAGCUAUUUAGGUCUCCACCCACUUCACAUUCAAGGUGUUCUGCCCACGUGCCUGGCAGCAAUAAAAUGUUUUUGCAGCCUU